UUGAGGCGGCCGGGGAUGACUCCUUUCUCUUAACCUGAAAAACACCAACACACUAACUGCAAACAAGACGGCGUGUAUUGAUCAGAUGGGAAGUGAAUCGAACAGCGACAAUAGGAUGCUGACCAGGGCUGAGAGGCAGGGGUGGAACUUGCCGGAGUUCGCCGAUCAGAUUUGGGAGAACUUUUUGGAGGAGUACGCAUCGCUGAAACAAACCGUAAAGGUGGCUUUUCGCAGACUACUGAUGAUGCGUCCUGCCCGAGAUUCAUCCCCAAAUGAUGAACGCCCUGACGCUGAAAAUCCCGCAAAUGCCAAUAACAAUACUUCCGCUGGAGACGACAGCAAUCCAUCGGAUAAUAAUACUGGUUCUGUCGAUCCAUCCCAAAAUGAGCGGUGGACAAAACUGGCAAAGCCAAUCAUGGCCUCCUCUGUCAGUGUUGGUUCCAAUUCCCAGUCGAAAUGGGCCAAGAUUGCAAGUGCACUGGCCUUUGCAACUAUUCUGACCGCACUGUGCCUCAACAUCCCCUACCGUGUAGCCAACGCCAUCCGCCUAUACCUGAUAAAGUUUGCUGCCAUUGCCCUUCUUGGUGGGAUGCUUGCUGCCAUUGUGGACGGUCUGCCCGCACCGUAUGCGUGGGCUGCCGGGGCCGUCUGUCUUAUCCCUGCAGUAGCGAUCAUGACGGAUUGAACGACUUCAUCUUGAUGUCAGCUCUUUUAUGCAACAUUUGUGAUGAUUAGUUAACGAAUUUAUAAGUGAGCAGGUGCUGGGGAGUUUGGGUCACAGGUCAUUUAAAACUUGGAGUAUCUUUAAAAAUUUAGAGCAUUAAAAAUUUUAUUGAGGUUCUUUUUAA